AUGAAGAUCUUCUUUGUAGAACCUGCCAUUUUCCUCAGUGCUUUUGCUAUGAGCUUGACUAUGCCUCUGACAACACAGUAUAUUUACAGGAGAAUAUGGGAAGAGACAAGCAACUACAGCAUUGCAUUCGACAGCAACAUUUCUGAGUGUGAGAAAAACAAAAGCAGUCCUAUCUUCAUACUCCAGAAGGAAGUGCAGAAGAAAGCGUCUCUCUUUGGCCUGCAGGUGGAUCUAUGUGGCUUGAUCCCUGGGAUAGUGUCCACCUUCAUCCUGCUGUCUCACAGUGACCACUACGGAAGGAAGCUGCCAAUGGUCUUGUCCUGUGUGGGCUCGCUGGCCACCAGCGUGUGGCUGUGCCUGGUGGUCUACUUGGCCCUGCCGUUCCAGCUCCUGCUGGCGUCCAGCUUCCUCGGCGCCCUCUGCGGCAACUACACCACCUUCUGGGGGGCCAGCUUCGCCUACAUCGUGGACCAGUGUAAGGAAGACAAAGAGAAGACGGUGCGCAUCGCCGUGGUGGACCUCCUGCUGGGCCUCAUCACCGGGCUCACCGGCCUGUCCUCUGGCUACUUCAUCCGAGAGCUAGGUUUCCUGUGGUCGUUUCUGAUCAUCACUCUGGUCAUCGCUGUUAACUUGAUCUACAUCUUGUUUUUCCUGGGCACACCCACCACAGAGAUGCAAUCUAGGGAGGUUUUGGAAUCGUGCGCCGAAGCCUUUAAGAGCCUCCUUCUCAGAACCUACCUGCUCUUCAAAAACGCCGCUGGCCGCCGCGGGGCCCUGCUCUGCCUGUUGCUUUUCAGCAUGAUUGCUUAUUAUGUCGUCUUAAUCGGCAUUUCCCCGAUUUUCAUCCUUUACGAGCUGGACGCUCCGCUGUGCUGGGAUGAGGUGUUUAUUGGCUACGGCUCGGCGCUGGGCAGCGUCUCUUUCGUGACGAGUUUCUUGGGAAUCUGGAUUUUUUCGUACUGUAUGGAGGAUAUUCACAUGGCCUUCAUUGGCCUGUUUACCACGUUGAGUGGAAUGGCGUUGGUUGCUUUUUCCAGAACGACGGUGAUGAUGCUGUCAGUCCGGCUGCUAUUCAUUUUCUCCAUUAUGCCGCUGUCUGUUCUCCGGUCCAUGUUGUCCAAAGUGGUUUCCUCUGCUGAACUCGGUACCCUGUUUGCUUGCAUUUCUGUCUUAGAGACUCUAGGUGGCGUCAUUGCAGUUUCUUCAUUUAAUGGAAUUUAUUCAGCCACGGUAGCCUGGUACCCUGGCUUCACAUUCCUGCUGUCUGCGGUUCUGAUGCUGAUUCCAGCGAUCAGCCUGUGCUCUGCCAUGUGCAUCAGCCGGAACUCGGAGAGCUAUACCCUUCUCAUCCAGGAAGAAUCGGGCCGAGAGACUUCCGACACGUGA